AUGAACUACAGUCGAUUCACCCACGUGGCUGAUUUCGCUGAUCAUUUGGCCAUGAGUUUUCCCGAGAACUCUAUCAUUCUGAUGAAAGGAGAUUUGCCCUCGAAUAGCUUGAGGUUUCUGGAUAUAGCUGAAAAACGACGCCCAGAUUGCUCCUUCAUCGACACUCAACCAAUGACCUAUCCUUGGUACAUCAAAAUGCUUGGCCACCAUUUUCCCGGAAUAAAUUUCCCUGGAAAGCGGUAUCAUCUGGAAGGAAAGCCUGGAGACUUUUCCCUUUCCGAUUUCAUAAGAAAAAAUGCAGAACGAAAUAUCUUCGGAUGCAUUGGGCUUCAGGAACUGGAGAAGAUUGAAGCUCGAGGGGAUAUUUGGGCAAUGCCCUGGGGUGUCUGCGAGCAGUUCUUUUUGAAGAGCAACUUUAGUGGAGAGAAUUGGGAUAUUGAAAAGCAAGAGACAUACGCUUCCUCUCGAUUGUUGCUCCAGACUUGGCCGCACCUUCCGUCUGAAAAGUCGGAUCUUCCAGAUCAUAGUUGGGAAAAAGUCGCCAAUGAUGAGAUUUACGCAGCGAUGGUCAAGUCUGCGAUGUGGAGCUUUGACCAAGCUGAGGAGAUGAAGAAAGCUGGCCAAAGACGCGCUUUUUUUACGCGAGCAAUCGAAGAAAUGGGAGUGGAAAAGACCCCGUCGUAUUGGUUCAAAAAUGCUGCGCUCAUCCACCCGACGGUUGCCCAACUCGGCCAGGAUAACUUGGAAGGAACCGGAAGCUAUGAAGAAACAUACGAGCUGUUUAAAACGUAUCUCGCAAGAAACAAAGAACUCGGCAUCGUGACAGACGAUCAAGAAGCAGUUCAAAAAGCAAUUGACGACAUAGGAAAGUUCUUAGGAAAAACAUAA